CAAACUCACUCUUUUGCUCCCCAAUCCUUCCACCGCUUCAUUUGCUUGUCGUUUGUCCUGGCUGUUACAAGCAUACGAGCCUUGUCUGUCAAUCCUUAUAUAACAACACCCGCUUCCACCGCUCUUCCACCAGGCCCUCCACUCGACACAGCCCACCAUGGCCGCCAACGGCACCCAGGCCUUUGCGCCUGUAUUGGCUGCUCUUCAGACCAUGCAAUCUAAUGUAGAUCGCGCACAGAAGGGCCAAGCACACGAGUUCCUUGAACAAUUCCAGAAAUCAAACGAAGCAUGGAACACAACCUUCAUGAUUCUGAACUCGGCAGAUGCCACUACAGAGGCCAAGCUCUUCGCCGCCACCACCCUCAAAGGCAAGAUCAUCUUCGAUUUCCACCAGCUCCCUCGCGAAUCGCUGCCCGAACUGCGCAAUACCCUUCUGUCGCUACUCGCCCAAUUCAGCCAAGGUCCCAAGCCUAUCCGCACACAACUAUGCGUCUGCCUAGCCAAUCUCGCUAUCCAAAUGCUCGAGUGGAAGGACGUACUGCAGCUUGUCGUCUCCACCCUCGGCAACGACCCCAACGGCAUCGCUUGCGUACUCGAGUUCCUGCACGUCCUGCCCGAAGAAGUCACAGAAGGAAGAAAGAUCAACCUCACAGAAGAUGAGCUCAGAGACAGGACUGUUGAGCUGUUGGAAGAGAAUGGCAACCAGGUCCUCACACUCCUCAUUCAAUACGCACAGUCGUCGGACGCCGCAUCGAAGAACCCGCAACUCAUGGAGUGUAUCACAUCGUGGAUCAGAGAGGUCCCGCUGAACGACAUUGUCAACUCGCCCCUUCUGGAUGUUGUUAUGAACGCCUUGGAAGCAGAUUCGUCCUUCGAGUCCAGUGUCGAAACCCUUUGCGCAAUCUUCAGAGAGACAAGAGACGUUGACGAAUGCUUGGCCAUCAUCAAGACCAUGUACCCAAGAGUCAUGUCCAUCCGCCCUAAAAUCGCACAAGCUGCCGAGGCAGAAGACUUCGAGAUGUUCAAGGGCCUCACACGUAUCUUCGCAGAGGCUGGUGAAGCCUGGGUCGUUCUCAUCGCCCGCAUGCCUGAAGACUUCCGCGGCCUGGUCGAGGCCGUUCUUGAAUGCGCUGCUAGGGAUACCGAGAAGGAGGCCAUUUCAAACACUUUCAUCUUCUGGUACGAACUCAAGCAAUACAUCACCCUGGAACGCUACAUGCAAGCUCGCAUGCAAUUCGUCGACAUCUACUUGAACUUGGUCGAUAUCAUGAUCGGACACCUCGAGUUCCCCAAGCCUGAAAGUGGCAACGAUAACGACCUUUUCGAUGGCGACCGUGAGCAGGAGGAGAGAUUCCGCGAGUUCCGCCACCAGAUGGGUGAUGUGUUGAAAGAUUGCUGCGAGGUCAUUGGUGUCACAGAGUGUUUGCAAAAGUCAUACGUCAAGAUUGAGGAGUGGGUCAAUACAUAUGGUCCGCAAGCAACGGCAGGGAACGUUCCUGAAUGGCAGAAGCUCGAAGCUCCUUUGUUCAGCAUGCGCGCUAUGGGCCGUAUGGUUCCUCCGGAUGAGAACAUCAUGCUGCCUAGACUUAUCCCUCUGAUUGUUCAGAUUCCGGAUCAAGAAAAGGUGCGCUUCCAGGCUGUUAUGGCGCUUGGAAGAUACACCGAAUGGACUGCUCAGCACCCCGACACUCUUGAGGCUCAGCUGAAUUUCAUCAUGGCCGCCUUCGAUCACCCUUCCAAGGAAGUCAUUACAGCAGCAGCUUUGUCAUUCAGAUUCUUCUGCAACGACUGCUCGGAACUCCUCAAAGGCUUCACAAACCAACUGCAGACCUUCUACGAAACCGUCAUCAAUAGACUACCUCCUACCAGUCAAGAGGAAAUCACCGAGGGUAUGGCAUCAGUUCUAUCAAAACAGCCAGUCGACCAAAUAUAUGCCUCGUUCAAGAUGUGCUGCGAUCCUGUCGUCAAGCGUCUGAUGGAUAUGGCACAGUCUGCGACUGGUGAAAAAGAGAAACUCGCUCUUGCUGACCACCUUAACCUCAUCACAAUCUUCGUACAAUGGAUCCAACCUGAGAUCAGACCUGGCGAACCUCACCCUGCUGUUCAAUACUGCCAAGAAAUCUUCCCCGUUCUUGCUGCUAUUGCCGAGAACUUUUCAAACUUCACUCCCAUCCUCGAGCGCGUGUGUAGAUGCUGGCGUUACAUCGUGCUUUCCUACCGCACACAUACCGCUCCCCUCCUUCCUGUGCUGGCUGAGAAGCUGGCUGCUGGCUUUGCUGCUUCAAGACAAGGCUGUUUCCUUUGGGCGACCGAUUCAAUCGUCCGCGAAUUCACCGACGAGUCUGAGGGCAUCAGUCCUGAGACGACACAAGCCAUUUUCAGCUUCUAUGUACAACAAGCUACGAACUUCUUGCGCGCGCUCAACGACCUGCCCCCAGAACAAUUACCCGACGUCAUUGAAGACUUCUUCCGUCUCUGUGUUGACGUUCAGGCCUACCACUCACGCUCCUUUAUCGCAAAUGAGCUCACACCUACGAUCCUGUCGGCUGCUUCUACAUCACUUACGCUACUCAAGGACGAGCCUAUUCUGGCCACCCUUCACUUCCUUCGCGACUUCCUCGCGUACGGCGGCGAGAACGCUCCUACCUCGACUUUCAGCGAAGACCCUAACCGUCGCGUCAACUCGCCUGAAAUUCAAAACGCGGUCAAAACACUCAUAUCUCAACAAGGCGAGGUGCUGGUUCAACGUCUGAUGACAGGCAUGAUGUACACCUUCCCUGCCGACUGCUUCCCAGAUGCCUCUGGAGUCCUCCUCAGCAUGUUCCAACUGCUGCCUGAGGCAACUGCGACCUGGACGGCAAACACCGUCUCGAUGCUUCCUUCCGGAUCCAUCAGCCCACAAGAGCAGGAGCGACUGCUGCGCAACAUCGAACAACGCAUUCAAUCCGGUGAUACACGCAAAAUCCGCACACUCCUCCAAGACUUUACAAACUCCUACAGAAGAAGGAACGUCGCACCAAGAGAGGGACUCGGUAGACUGGAAGCUACAAGAUUCCGCUUCGCUGGGUAAAUUUCUGGUCUCUUUGUGGAGGCUCACCCUGCUCUGAAAUCACUUCGCGCCUUUCUACAGGUAGUUUAUUUCCGACGUAUAUAGAUUCUUUGGAGCGUUGAUUUGCUUUUGAUCUGAGGGAAAAUAUGGUAGAUGGAAUGAACAAAACAAAAACGCUAUAGCGUAUACUACUGGC